GUUUUAUUUGGAAGUGUAUAAAAAAAUAUUGAUAUGUUUUGGUUACGAUAGGAGGAGAAUGUGUGCGUAUGGUGUAUGAAACGAGAGGACAAUAUUCUGUCGUGAUGGGACCGGACAAGGGACGAUGAAAUUGGCGUAGUGGAAGUUGUGUUGGGACAAUUGCUCGGUCUGAAAUUGUGCACCGCACAUAUGCCCGCCACAUUCAUCACAGUUUCUCUCUCUAUCUCUAACACUUCAAACUUAGUCUAUGGUCGUUGUGGCGGAGCAUGAACUCCAACACUUGCAAUUCUCAGUCAAUGGCUACAUCAGCACCACACACUGAUGGGUCUGGCAAGAAGGUUAGAAAGCCUUACACCAUAACCAAGUCAAGGGAAAGCUGGACUGAGGAAGAACACGACAAGUUUCUCGAAGCUCUUCAACUAUUUGACAGGGAUUGGAAGAAAAUUGAAGAUUUUGUAGGUUCUAAAACAGUUAUUCAGAUUCGAAGCCAUGCUCAAAAAUACUUCUUGAAAGUUCAGAAGAAUGGGACAAUAGCGCAUGUGCCUCCUCCUCGUCCUAAGCGCAAAGCUGCUCAUCCUUACCCACAAAAGGCAUCAAAAAAUGUUUUGGUGCCAAUUCCAGCUUCCAUUGGUUAUCCUUCUUCGACAAAUACACUUGCACCUGGCUAUGCCACAUGGGAUGAGACUUCCCUGCUUAUGAAUGCUGGAUCUGGUAAAUCCAUGACAUGUCAGGAUGAACUCAACAAGCUUCAUGGAAAUGAAGCUGAUAUUGGAUCAAAGGGGAUAACACAGAUUACCAACAGUGGUCUUAGUGGUGUUGAUAACUCUACCAGAACGCUACCGGCUUCUGAGAUACCAAAGCAAGGGAAACAAGCUCCUAUGCUUCAUGGUUUGCCAGACUUUGCUGAAGUUUACAGUUUCAUAGGGAGUGUUUUUGAUCCAGAUACAAACGAUCAUGUCCAGAAGCUGAAGGAAAUGGAUCCUAUAAAUUUUGAAACUGUUUUGUUGUUAAUGAGAAACCUCACAGUCAACUUGUCUAGCCCCGACUUUGAGCCCAUUAAGAAGGUAUUGUCAACAUAUGAUGUCAAUAACAUGGCAGUAGGUGUUGCAGCAGGAAUUGAUAUCAAGAAGCGGACAAAUAAUCUAUCAUGUUAAACUACUUAACCCUGGCAAUUUGUUCAUUUGUUAGGUAGGUCAAAUUUGGAUGGAAGACUGAGGUUUUACUCGGCCAGAAGUAAGGCAUGGGAGUAUUAUCUUGCACUUGCUGUAAAAGCUUGUAAAUGUGACUGUAGUCCUUUGUAGCCACAGCCAGAAUAGUAUAUGUUAGAAAGCUGAAAAACAAAACAUAUUUUUCAGCUGGUUCUAUGGUCCAUAACAAUUGUUGUAUUGCAGUGAUUUUCUUAGCUCUUUUAGAGAUAUUGCCUUUGACUAGACCCAUAGGUUUAUAUUAUGAGAUAAUUUUUAAUGGUACAGAUGUAUCAAAAUAUUAGAAAAAUAGGGAGGGGGUAACUAUUGUCUAUUUGUCAACGUGGCUUUUUGUAGCCAAACAUGUGUAUGUAAAGUCACACUUUGACACACUUCAUUUUCGUGUUUCAGUUUUGUGAGUCUUUGUUUGCCGGUUGAAUGGCUCUCUUCAUUAGAUUAGUUUUUGGUAGGAUCAUUUUCAAUGUAAAGGGCAUCUCUCAAUUUUUUUCUAAAUACUAAUAUUUUCUUACUGAAUCAAAUC